AUGUCCUCAAACUCCAACAACCACCAGCCUGCAGCCUCGUCAGGUGAUCAGGGUGUCUCAAACGCUCAUCUCGACCCGAACAACGGAUACGUGCACAAUGACAGCCAGCUCGCAGGCCUUGUGGAAGCGGCAACCGCAGCUGCCGACCAAGAUCACAAUGUCUCUCAGUGGGCAGUGGAGGCCACUGCUGCUGCCGCACAUCAUCAACUAGAUGGCUAUGGUGCAGAUAUGCAACUCGGAGAUGAUGGCUUCGGCGAUGCCAGCUUCGUUGCAAGCAUGGCAAGUGGGAGACACCUGAGACAUCUGAAUGAUCAAUCCGGGUUUUCUGGCCUGUCUCGUACCGUGUCGAAGAAACGAAAGAGAAAUGACGACAAUCUUGAUCCUGCGCUGGCUGGAGCUGGUCUCGGGUCGCAGCACCAUUCGCAAUCUCAACAAAAUAACCACGGAUUUUCUGGUGAAAACAUGGACAUUCGUUCUGCACCGCCGUCGUCUCUUUCAGAGGCUCGCGCGGUUGGUGUGCAUUCCGCUGCGGCGCUAUUCCGUCAACCUUCUAGCAACAAGAAGUAUACUCGGCCCCCGAUGUCCAAGCUGUUUUCAUCACUUGAGUUGUCGCCUGAGAAUUUCCUUCAUCUUCAGGCUGCGGCUAAGGGGUAUAUGCUGGAUGAUGACCAUCCUGAUAGAAGGGAAUGUGUUGGUCAGCGGGGCAAGGGAGAUACGGAGAUGGUGAAACUACGUUUAUGGAACUGCGUGCGCCAUUUCCUCGAGGCCGAGGGCAAUGGUGAACGGUUCUUUGGAGAGAACGUGGUCAACGAGGGCAUGGGUCCCCGGACUUAUAUCUGGCCCCGUGAUCAACAGAAGAUCAUCUCGUUGGUCAUUCCUCUCCUGAGACGAAUGGUUACCAAUGAACGGCAACGCCAGUAUGCAAUUGAAACCCGCAAAGGAGGCGGCACGGACGAGCGCCGCCGCCGAAAGACCGAUGAUAGCUUCCCAGAUCUGAAGGGCUCGCACUUCUCUCCCGAUCAACAGCUUCAAAUGCAUGACCAGGGUCAGCGAACAGAGGAUCUGAGGCAGUCGAUGGCACCACCACCACCACCACCUCCGCCUCAGGCACAGGCGCCAAUGGAUUCCAAUCACGCAAUGGAACUUGGACUUACAAACCUCUUAUUAGACGGAUAUCAGCCGGACUGGAAUGAAAUUUCCAGAUACUACGACGCCUAUAACCACGAUUUUGAACUGGAUAAUCUGUGGUCCAUCUCCGGUCUACAGCAGCCUGACUGGCGCGGCUUAGUCGCGGCUGUUGAUAGCCAUUAUCACGUUGUCCAUCACGGUAAUUACGACUGUCCGCCCGCUUGUGAAAACCAAAACAUCAAUCGCAUUAUUCACGACAACUCGGUCUCGAAUUUGCCUUGGCGGGUCGGCGGAGGCCGUAACAUUCCAGCACGAGACGAUUUCGCAAGCAGUAUCACCCGAGACGUCUCGCGAAUCAUCCGCGAGAACAUCGCCACCAGACAAGGUGCACCACCGCCUCAAGAAGACCAAGAAUUCCACCAGCAACCAUUCACCCCCGCACCGUCAAAUAGCGACGCCUCCCCCUGCACAAGCAAUACCCAUACAUACCUCCGUAUCAACAUCCUCUCUCAAGGCAAGCGCAUCUUCCCUCGUCUAGACCUCCCAGCUAGCCAAUGCCCCAACGUCGACUACGUCAAAUCAUCCAUCCUCCGCCGAUACCCAGGCCUAGAUGACAAUGAUGCAUCGAGAGACCCUGCAACUUGGAAAGUCAAAGCUUGGCUCCCAGAUGGCUUGGUCCCAGUACAGACCGAGAAGGAUUGGGUAUUGGCGCUUUUGUCGGCGGACACUGUUGACUGGAUGGAUGGUGAAGUCAAGCUUUUGGUUGAGAUUGAUGGCGCGAAUACCCAGCAGUAAUUUCUUGCG